UGAUCUCGAAGUAAUAAAAGGAGACGAUGGAAUUGAGGAAUUGAUUUUUAUUAAAGGAAAAUCAAUAAGAAAGCUACCAGAUUUUUUACCGGACACUUUCGAAUUAAUAGAUCUUCAAUUAAAUGAAGAUAAUUCAUGUUGUAAGAUUUCCGAUAAUCAAGAAGCAUCUGCGAAAUCAGCCUUAAAUUUAUCUGAUACCACAUCACUUACUUGGCCGAUAGAACAAGUGGUGAUAUCUAGUUCUCAUUUGGUUGUUACCUUAAAGGACAAUUCUCAGGCAAUUCUUUUACCAGUGCAUAUGUCUUUGGCUGGAAAAACCACAUUAGCUGCUGUAAUUAUUUGCGGUUUGAAUAAGAACCGCGCUUUAGAUCGAGAAUAUUUGGGAUUUUUACAUGUUUGUAUUAAAUUUGGUGCAGUUUUAUUCGUAUCACGCGAAGAGGAUAGAAAACGAGCCGAAAUUCUAGCAGAUUUAAAUCGUCAAAAAAUAAUGUUUUUCCAGAAUAUUAGCCAUGAACUAAGAACGCCAUUAACGUUGAUGCUUUCACCACUUGAAGAGUCGAUCAGUGUUUGCCCUCUAGAGUUACCUAUUCUUUAUAACCUGCAGAUGGUAAAUCGAAAUGCCCGUCGACUGCUUAAACUUGUUAAUACUUUGUUUCAGUUUUCACGAAUUGAAUCAGGCAGAUUGGAGGCUCAAUUUCGAGAGACAGAUAUUGCGAAAUUUACUCUCGAAUUAGCUUCAUGUUUUGAAAGCAUGGCGGAAUCGUUAAAGCUAGCCUAUAUCAUUAAAAUUCCAAGUAGCGAAGAAUUUUAUAGUUCAAAUGCGUUUAAGCACACUUGGACGGGAAGUGUUUCAGUUUGUUUAUAUUCAGAUAUUAAGGAUGGAAGGGAAAUGGUUAUAUUGGAGAUCACAGACACAGGAAUUCCGGAAAAAGAUAUUGAAAACUUAUUUCAGCGUUUUUAUCGCGUGGAAUCAAGCCAGUCUCGUAGCCAUGAAGGAACAGGAAUAGGGCUUGCAUUUGUAAAAGAGUUAGUAAUGAGGCAUGAUGGUGAGAUUUCAGUACAUUCGGAAGUGAAAAAGGGUACCACUUUCCGCGUAUCGCUACCUACGGGUUUGGAGCAUUUACCAGAAAAACAAGUAUAUUAUGAAGAUGAUGAAUUUAAAGUAAAUCCGAUAGAAAAAGGUUUAUUUAAUGGGCGAGAUCUCUACCUUGAAGAAUCUCACCAAUGGAUAAUAAAUGAUCGCAUUGAUAAUGAUUUCACCAAUGAUGAUAACGUGGAUGACACUAUGGACUUAGAUUGCUUGGACACCUCAAACGAUUCAGAGUUGUAUGAUAAAAAAGCAGAUGCUCAACACAUUUUUUUACCUUUGCUGCAUGACGAUAUAUCUAAUGCACGUAAGGUUUCUUACCACAUUCUUAUCGUCGAUGACAAUACGGACAUGAGUCUAUUACGAAAGGAAUUCAAAGUAGACUGGGCGUAUGAUGGUCGUGACGCCUUAAAAAUAUUGAAGAAACUUAAGAAGCUUCCUGACUUAAUUCUAAGCGAUGUUAUGAUGCCAAAUAUGAACGGCUUGGAAUUAAUAAAAACGCUUAGAUCUGAUCCGGUAACUCAGUUGAUCCCCGUGAUCUUUUUAUCUGCAAAGGCGGGUGAAGAGGCUAGCGUAGAAGGAUUGGAACAAGGCGCAGAUGAUUAUUUAAUCAAACCAUUUAGUAUUAGGGAUUUGAUUGUUCGAAUUAAAGCCAAUAUUAGACUCUCACAUCUUCGUCAACAACUUUUGCUACAACAGAAGCAACAUUCAGAGACCCGGUGGUUAUUAUUCUCGAUAAGUGAUAAGAUUCGCGCCGGACUGGAUAUAGAAAAAACAUUAUCUAUAGCUAGUAAAGGUCGCAUAAUUACUUUCUUGGCUUCCGAUCCAAAUGAACAAAAUUUGACAGGAAGAAUUGUGUCGUAUUCACUAAUUAAAAGUGGAAGGGAAAAAAUUUUUCAGAAAUUAUAUUUAAAGUAUAAUAUUACCGAAGAAGGUGGCGAGGCACUUAAAAAGCUUCAAGAUGCUUUAUUGGAGAGUAAUGAGUGUGUAGUAACAGAAAAUUCAUAUUCUAGCGUAGUCGACCGAUACGUUUCUACAAUUGCUAUGCCAAUUAAAACAAAUUCAUCAGCAUGGGGAUGGAUAGUUGUUAAUAGAUCACCAAAUAAAACUUGGUUAGAUUCAGAGAAGGUCUUUAUUCAGCAAAUUUCAAUUCAAGUUGGAUUGGCGAUAACACAUGCAAUGCUUAUAGAAGAAAAAUCAAAGAAGGACGCUCAGAUGAAAGCCGCAAAGGCAGCUGAUGAAGCAAAAGGACAAAUUUUAGCCAAUACUUCUCAUGAACUUCGAACACCGUUAGGGGCAAUAAUAGGAAUGUUAUCAGCAUUUGAAGAUACUCCAUUGACUAAAGAUCAGAAAGAAAUGGUUCAAAUAAUGACACGUGCUUCGGACGUUGUUCUUUCUGUGAUUAACAAUAUUCUUGAUGCGGCAAAACUGGAAGCACAGAAAAUUACGUUUGCUAAUAGAGACUUUGAUUUACUGCAUGUGGUUGAAGAAACUCUAAACAUAUUUGGUGAAAAGGCAGGCGCUAAACAGCUUGAAUUAAUUUUGUGCUACGAGCAUGCAUCUCUACCAAAAUAUGUAAAAUCAGAUCCCGAUAGUAUAAAGUUUACGGAAGCUGGGGAAAUAGUUCUUAAGGUUUCGAUGGCUUCCAAUGAAUCUACAAUCAAGGAUAAUACCAAAAUAAGCACAAUAUAUGUGGAAUUGAUUGAUACUGGUAUUGGAAUUGAUCCCAAAUUUAUAAACCAUAUCUGGAAAAGCUUUUCGCAGGCAGAUACCACUAUAACGAGACGCCAGGACGGUACGGGAUUAGGUCUUUCGAUCUGUAACCACUUAGUAACUAUAAAUGGAGGCGAUUUAGGAGUUGUAAGUGAAUUGGGAAAAGGAAGUCGAUUUUGGUUUACUUGGAAAGUCGAGCCGUUAUCUGUCAAUCAAUUAAAUGUAGUUUCCCCUUUAACCGCACGAUCAAAACGUGUUCUUGUGAUUGAUCCUAUUCACGUGGCCCGUGACGCUUUAGUUAAGUUUAUAGAAAGCCAAGUUAAACGAGUUGAUGCAUUCGACACUGUUGAAGAGGGUAUUGCGUCUGCAAAAAUGUGGAAAGAACAACAUAAUGAAAUAUAUGAUCUUGGAUUUUUUAAUAUUUGCAAAAAUAAUCUCGAUGAUACUAAAAAAGCAUUAAAAGAAUUAAAAAGUUUAUGUGGCGAUCACUUAUACAUAGUCUUAAUGAUCUCUUGGUCAACUAGAGAACGUAUUUCGGGGGAAGAAAUUAUAAAAGAAGUUAAAGACCAAAUUAUCGCUUUAUAUAAACCUAUAAUGCAAAAACAAAUACUAGAUUGUUUGUAUAAUAAUGAUAACCUUAAUGAUUAUAGCGUCAUUAAACCUUCAGCAGAAUUAAGAGUAGAGAAACAUGAAAAUCGGUCUUUAAUCCAUAUUAAAUAUUUGAAUGAAAAUGAUGAUAAUAUUACUACUGUACUAAGGAAUGAAUUAAAAGAGGAAAAUUUAAUUCUGCCUUUAGAUAGGUCAUCAAAAAUAACAGCCUUAAAAAGGAUGUUUUCCGAUGAUGGAGAGAAUACAACUCUUGAUAAUAGUCACGCAGAAGAUAAUCCUAUAAAUUUAAAAGUUAUACAACAUCAGCUCACGAAACUCGGAUAUAAAUCAUUAUCCGCAAUAAAUGGAAAAGAGGCCAUAGAUUUAGUAACAGAAUUUGCUAACCAUCUAAAUAAUAAAAACACAUCCACAUCCUCAUCUAAUUUGCACUCAGAUAAUUAUGAAAAUAUAUCAUUGAUCUUAAUGGAUUGUGCAAUGCCAGUAAUGUCGGGAUAUGAUGCUUCAAAAGCCAUAAGAGCAAUGAAAUCGCCGGUAUCUCAAAUACCAAUUAUUGCGCUAACGGCAUCGGCAAUUCAAGGUUCAAGAGAAAAAUGCCUCGAAUCAGGGAUGAAUGAUUUCCUUACGAAACCAUUAAAAAUAUUGCAACUUAAAGAAAUGCUAAAUAGAUGGCUAGAGGAUAAUAAUUGA